AUGUCUAAGUUUGACUUCUUCUUUGGUAAGGGAGGUCAAAAAAUCAAUAAAACAAAUAGUAAAGUCCAGCUAAAGCACAUUCCUACAGGAAUUGUUGUUUCUUCUCAAUUUUCUCGAUCCCGGGAACAAAAUCGGAAAAAGGCUCGGGAAAUUUUGGCUCUUAAAAUUGAAGAGCUUUCUGCACCUCCAGGCGAAUCACGAACAGCUAUAAUUGCAGAGUACAAAAAAAACAAGGCUAGGAAAAAGAAAAGUAAAUCAAAAAAGAAGUAUGCAGCAAGAGAAGCUGCUAUGAGAGAAUCCCUUCUUAAUGGAAACUCUGAAGAUAACAUAAACGAAGAGAUAGAGGUAGAGGAAGCUGAAGAAUAUGAACAUGAACAUGAACAUGAAAAUGAAAAUGAAAAUGAAAAUAAUGAUUUAGAGGGGGUAGAACACAAAAAUUUAGAUGGUGAACAACAAGAUGAACUCAAGGUUGUUCACACUGAAAUUGGUACUUCGUCAGUACAGCAUACAGAAAAUCAAUCCAAAGCUGAAAACAAUAAACCCCUUACACUAACAAAAUCAAACCCAUAA